UUCGUCCCGAGGCCCGUUCCAGGACCCUCUCACACCCAGCGCAACCCCUGCUAGAGCAGGAUUGCCGUGUAUCUUGGAGGCUUGAGAUCAGCACCUCUCGGGUCUAGCGACCGGAUUCUAUCUCGUGGGUUGCGUCGGACAUGCAAACGCUCUGAAUUGUCGCACGAUUAGCACCCUACCAUAGGCAAGGCUCAUAUCCGACCGGAUCAGGUCUCCGAUACGACUCCUCAGCCUCGUACAAAGCCUUAAUAUUCUACUGGUCACCCGUAUUUCUGAGAAUACGCAAGGCGCUCGGAAAUUUUUCGCUGCGCAUCAUCCGGUCUCUCCAUUUUGUGACCUGUGGCAUUUGACUUGUCGGCCGCACGGUCUUGUCCAUUUGUUUUUCUGAGAGACCACCUUCUUCCAGAGAGUGGGGCCGAAGCUCCCAAUAUCCACAAUGCAGGACAUGCUCACAUCGCUUCUCGCGCACGGCGGCACUACCAUCGUCGUUGCUUCGUUCUUUGCCGUACUGACCACCGUCGGCGUGGUACUGCGUCUGAUUACAAAUUGGAGCACAAAGGCGAAGUAUGGCUGGGGUGAAGCGUGUAUCAUCACGGCGCUGGGCCUGUACUUUGCGCAAUAUGGUGUCCAGGUCCAUGGCAUCGUCGAGGGACGAAAGAUGAAGAGUCUGAUGGAUCCGCAUUUGACGACCUACCUGCGCGCCGUCUACAUCGCUGGAGAGUUCUAUUUCCCUGUGAUCUUCUUCACAAAUAUGUCGAUUCUUUUCCUUUACCGACGACUUUUUCCGGUCCAGAGCUUCAAGCUCUUGACUACAAUUUUGAUGGUUGCCCAUGCUCUGUGGGUUAUUCCUGCCUUUGCUGCGGAAACAGCGAUGUGUUCUCCCCCCAGCGUGCUCUGGGAGGCACCUCUUUUGAUUCCGGAGAAAUGCUUCUUCUACAGCACCUUCUUCAUUGUUAUGUGCAGCGUCGAGCUGGUCCUGGAUGUGUGUGUUCUUGCGCUGCCGCUGUUCUACGUGUCGCGCCUCAAGCUUCCGUGGCCGCGCAAAGCAGAGCUCUCGUUCAUCUUCCUUCUCGGAGGGCUGGUCGUCAUCACUGGGAUCGUCCGCAUCCUCAAGUCUGCUGAGGCUGGCGUCCAGGCUAUCGACUUCGUCCUCGACAUGUUAUGGCUCGAUGUUCACUCCGGUAUCGCUAUUCUCUGCGCGUGCCUGCCCACCUACCGCCCUCUCAUUGUCCGGUCUGCUGCGUUCCUUUCUUCGCAUGGAAGCAAGCUGUUCAGCUCGCGUGGCAGUUCCGCAGCAAAAAGCGCAGGGAAGAGCGGAAACUCGAACUCUACUGGAGGCAACGGUUUGAGCAAUGGGACCAUCGGGAGUGGUGGUGGCUACAAGAAAUACGAGAAAUUCGGAAGCUUGGAAGAGGUACAGCUAGUCGGACUGCCGAGAGGGGCAGACCGUGUGUAGGUUGUAUCGAUAGUUUGAUUGGGUUGUGGCUGGGCGGCGUCGUUGUAGCAUACCAUACCAUAAACGUAGGCAGGCGUUCUUGUUAUUUAUUACGAUACCAAUGGGAGAACGUUCUUAGGAGUCAAAGUUGACC